UUUAAAUAAGGUUCACAUUUUUAGUAGCAGUUUCUAAGAACCACGUAUGUGAUGAUACAUCACUAAAGACAAUACUACCCUUGAUGUUCAACCCUCGUGGUAUGCAUUGCGUCCGGCGGUCAAAGGGUGAAACUGAAAAUGUCAAUUUGCCCCAAAGUCAAACAAUCAGUGCUGCUUGUUGUUAGAAUAUUGGUUUAGUGUAUACUUCUUUUGUUCAAAGUUCAAACUACAAAAAGUCGAACUUUUAGGUAUAGCGUUUGUAUAUAUACGUGACUCCUAUGUUCUCAACUUUCAUUACAAACUUUCCCAUUCCAUUUUCCUUUUCUCUAACAAACAAAAAUAUACUUUUGCUUUCUUAUUCUGAAAAGCUUACCAACCCAAAAAAGUAUGAAGAGAGAAAGAUCUGAGUUCGAAGAAUCCAUCAAGAUGUCUGAUGACAUUGCUAGAUGUCUGAUGAUAUUAUCACAGACCUCCAUGGUCAAACAAGUCGAUGUGAACCAAUAUACCGAGCGCGAUACAAGUAACCGGUUCGAAUGCAAAACGUGUAACAAGAGAUUCUCUUCGUUUCAAGCCCUAGGUGGCCACCGGGCAAGCCGUAAGAAGCCAAAGCUAUCCGUCGACCAGAAAGAGGUGAAACAUGUUACCAACAAUUAUAAUGGAACUCAUAUACACGAGUGUUCGAUAUGCAGUCAGAGUUUUGGGACCGGACAGGCUUUAGGUGGUCACAUGAGACGGCAUAGGUCAAGCGUGACAGUGGAGCCAUUGCAGACCAUCUCUCCCGUGAAUUCUACCGUACCGGUUCUGAAACGAUGCAGUAGUAGCAAGAGGGUUUUGUCUUUGGAUUUGAAUCUAACUCCCUUAGAGAAUGAUCUUGAAACUAUUUUUGGGAAGACGUUUUUCCCGAACAUAGAUAUGAAGUUCGUUGUUUAGUUCUUUUUUUUUGUUUUUUUCGAUCGUUAGGUUAUCGUAAUUCUUUUGUAUCGUAAGCCUCCAUUCUUUUUAUUAAUUCUUUCAAACGUUAUGUUCAUUGUUGGUUGUCAUGUAUAAGAAAUAUUUAGCUGAAUUGUUUCACUUUCUGCAACGAGUACAAAAUAAUCAUUACUGGGCCAAAAGGUAGGCUCAACCAACCCAAGUAGGAAUAAGAAACAUGGUCCAUCCACCCAAAUUGUGAUGAACAAAUACUGAUUUUGUCAUUCACAAUUUCUUAUUUUAGGAGAAACUUUUCUUUUUUGGAAGAGUAUUCAAUCAUUCUUCGUAUUAUAUUAUACUUGUAGAUUUAUUUCAUAACCAAACAUACUUAGGAGAAACUUUUGUUUUUUGGAAGAGUAUUCAAUCAUUCUUUGAUUAAAAAAAAAACCAACCAACCUAUAUACAUCGAAUCAUACUUAACUUUUAUUUCCACACCAUCAUGUAUUCCGCUCUCUAACAGGACAAAACGAAUCCAUUUUAUGUAAAAACAAAAAAAAUGAUAAAAAUUUCAGUUAUAUUACAAACUAGGAUAAGACCCGCGCCUUGUGCGGGAUUAAGUUAUUAUUUUUAUUAUAUUUUGGAGAAUGAAACAAUAGUUUAGCU